AUGCGUAUUAGGACACCCGUAAGUACCAUACAUAUUAGGGACACAGGCGCAGGUCACGUGAUGGGGAGGGAGGCGGUUCGUCGCUUCGUGGAAUUGGCGAUUCCGAACCACACAAUCUGCAAGCCGGAGCGAUCCAAAGGAGAAGACGUGGGCAUGGGCAACUGUCUACAAAAGGUGGGCAUCAAGAUGGGCGACACACGUGACCACAUUGGACAGGGAAGGUUCUGGCAGAGACAUCCGGCCAAGGUUCUAAGCAGACCACUUGACAGGACUAGGCACUCGUACUAUCCUAUUUCCCAGGAUUCAAGUAUAAGACCAAAAGAACUGUACUUGAUGGAUUAUCUUAUCUACAAGAUCCGGGUCUUUGGGCAUAUCCCUGCCCUGCCCCUCAAGCCUGCCCUGCCACCGGACCUGAGUGUCGUCCCGGAAGAGACGAUCCAGAAAUACAAGAAAUACGACCACCAGUCUCAGAGUCCGGCGGUGACUGAGUCCACGACCGAAACGACAGAGUCUGAGACGACAGAGUGA